AUGCGACAACGUGAAUCAGUUAUUUUCAAUAAAACAGAAAAUCAAAUUGAAAUAUUUGAAAACCUCUUAAAUCUUUACAAUUCCCCCAAAGAUGUAAUUAAUUUAAAAAACAAUCCAGAACCUUUAAUUAAAUUGGGAAUUGAUUCUAAACAAUUUUCAACAAUUUUGGAGGAAUUAUACUUUUUUGUACAAAAAAGUGAGCAACUCAAAGAAGCAGAAAGAAGGAUAAAAGACAGAAAAGUGAGAAAAAAGAAUGGAAAUUAA